AUGGAGAUGUGGACCGCCACAGGAACACCUCGGCUCGCACGACGGCGAUGUGGUGUUGGUGCUGUUGCGCUGGGUGCAGCCUCCUGUGCUGUCGCCAUGGCCAGGAUGGGUCAGUUGCAUGAAGCGUACCUGUACCUCACAAUGACAGAGGUCCACGUCGCGGACUUGAUGUCCCGCGUGGCCUGCGCACAUAGCACGCUGCUGCAGACGCCACAGCUUUGGGAGAUCUUGGGCUACGUGGAGGAUGAAAUCCACGCUGCAUCCCCUUUCGGUUUUGGGCAUCCGUGCAGUCUUUCGUUUUGUCCCGAUGGCGGCAGUCCAAACCACGAGACAUGCCGGUGCGAGCAGCUUGGGCCUUCGUCCAUACCACGCCUGUCGCACCGGAUUUGCAUCAUCUCGACAGAUCCGGGGGACGACAGGCUACAGUAG